AUGAUAACAGUUUCAAGAAGUUCAAAGCAGCCUCAAUUCAUGCCUAUACAAAGGAGUGUAGAUUCUGAAGAGACUUUUCAAAAAGUCGUGAAGAGUAAUGUGUUCUAUGUUGGUCAAAGGGAGGAAAGAGAGGCAUGUGAAAUGAUUACCAGAAGUGGGAAAGUAUUAGAGGAGAGAAGAGUAGAAAAAGAGAGUGUUGAAAAAAAGAGUGAGCAAGAGGAAGAUAGGGCGAGAGAAAAAGACAUGAUAAAUAAAAAAAUUGAGGGUGAUAAGAGAGAAGAAGUUGAAAAAUUGAGAGAAAAGGAGUAUGUUAAACCUUUUCCUUAUCCAAAGAGAUACUCAAGAAAGGAGAAGGAAAAACAGUUUGAGCGCUUCAUGGAGAUUUUUAGGAAAAAGAUUAGAGGAUUAGAACUGAAGCCAAUGAAAAUGACUCUUCAAUUAGCAGAUAGAUCCCUUAAAUACCCAUAUGGAGUGGCCGAAGAUAUAGCUAGGAUUUUAAUUGAUGUGGAGAAUGGUAAGCUAAAGGUCAUAGUACAGGAUGAAGAGAAACAAAAUUUUGAAAGAAUUGAUCCCAAAGAGAAGGUAAAAGAAAGUAAGCUUGAACUAAAGGAACUACCACUACAUUUGAAGUACGUAUUUUUGGAAGCUAAUGGAGGGAAACCAGUCAUUAUUAGUAAGGCGUUAUCUCCAAAAGAAGAAGAAAAGUUGGUGGAAGUCCUAAAUGUAAAUAAGGGUGCUAUAGGCUGGUCAAUUGCAGAUCUUAAGGGAAUAAGCCCUACAUAUUGUAUGCACAUGAUCCUUAUGGAGAGUGAUUAUAGACCAGUGGCUCAACCACAAAGAAGAUUAAAUCCAGUUAUGAAAGAAGUCGUGAGGAAGGAGGUGUUGAAGUUACUAAAAGCAGGAAUUAUAUACCCAAUAUCUGAUAGUAAAUGGGUAAGUCCAGUUCAAGUGGUACUGAAGAAAGGAGGAAUGACAGUGAUUCAUAAUGAAAAAAAUGAAUUAAUUCCUACACGAACAGUUACUGGGUGGCGGAUGUGUAAAGAUUACAGAAAGUUGAAUACAGCUACCAGAAAGGAUCAUUUUCCCUUACCUUUUAUGGACCAGAUGCUUGAAAGAUUAGUUGGACAAGCAUACUAUUGCUUCCUUGAUGGUUAUUUUGGAUAUAAUCAAAUUGUGGUAGAUCCAGAAGAUCAAGAAAAAAUAGCUUUUACAUGUCCUUUUGGUAUAUUUGCCUAUAGCAAAAUGCCAUUUGGAUUAUGUAAUGCACCUGCUACCUUUCAAAGGUGUAUGCAAGCCAUCUUUGUAGAAUUUAUGGAGAAAAGCAUAGAAGUCUUCAUGGAUGAUUUUUCGGUAUUUGGAGAUCCUUUUCAGAGAUGUUUAACCAAUUUAGAUGCAGUUCUUAAAAGGUGUAUUCAAACAAAUCUUGUUUUGAAUUGGGAAAAAUGCCAUUUUAUGGUCACUGAAGGAAUUGUGUUGGGACACAAAAUUUCGUCUAAGGGGAUUGAAGUCAACAAAGCCAAAGUGGAGGUUAUUGAAAAGCUUCCACCACCAUCAAAUGUGAAAGAAAUCCGAAGUUUCUUAGGCCAUGCUGGUUUCUAUCGGAGAUUUAUUAAGGACUUUUCAAAGAUUGGUAAGCCAUUGAGUAAUCUGCUAGUUAAGGAUACACCAUUUGAGAUGUUUGCGAGCUUUUGA